UAAUCUGAUAAAAACACUUUUAAAACUUUUAAAAACUGCUGUGGAAACGGAACUAAAACAGGCUUUUACUGUGGAGAAGCUCAGAGGAAGCUUCACUCUGCAUCUUGACAAAUGAUCUAGAACGACCCGCCUCACCUGGCAGCUCACCUGUAGCCUGAGCAGACACACACCCUCUUCGAAACUCCCCAGGACCCUCCAGGACCCUUCAGACCAGCAUGUCGGGCAUCGCCGCCACCCUGCAGCACCGCAGGGAGAAGGACCAGGGCGUCGGCUCCAACUGUCAGGCGGUCCGGUACCUGAACCAGGACUACGAGGCUCUGCGGCAGCGCUGCUUCCAGUCGGGCUGCCUGUUCCAGGACGACACGUUCCCGGCGGAGGCCUCCUCUCUGGGCUUCAACGAGCUGGGCCCCGGGGCCUACAAGAUCCGGGGGGUGGACUGGAUAAGGCCGACGGAGCUGACCUGUUCUCCAGAGUUCAUCGUUUCCGGGGCGACGAGGACGGACGUCUGUCAGGGAGCUCUGGGUGACUGCUGGCUGCUGGCUGCCAUCGCUUCUCUGACACUGAACCGGGAGGUUCUGGCUCGAGUGGUUCCACAUGGACAGAGCUUCAGGGACGGAGAAUACGCCGGCAUCUUCCACUUCCAGUUCUGGCAGUUUGGUGAGUGGGUGGACAUGGUGAUCGAUGACCGGCUGCCGGUUAAAGACGGAGAACUGAUGUUCGUCCACUCGGUGGAGGGCCGGGAGUUCUGGAGUGCCCUGCUGGAGAAGGCCUACGCCAAGUUGAAUGGAUGCUAUGAGGCUCUGUCUGGAGGUUCCACCACUGAGGGUUUCGAGGACUUCACCGGAGGAAUCGCUGAGGUCCACGAGCUGCAGAAACGGAACCCUCACCUGUUCCACAUCAUCCAGAAGGCCCUGGCCCGUGGGUCACUGAUGGGCUGCUCCAUCGACAUCACCAGCUCGGCCGACUCGGAGGCGGUGACCCAUCAGAAGCUGGUGAAAGGCCACGCCUACUCGCUGACAGGUGCAGCUCAGGUGGAAUACAGAGGCGACACGCUGCAGCUGAUCCGGGUCAGGAACCCCUGGGGACAAGUGGAAUGGACCGGAGCCUGGAGCGACGACUCCAUUGAGUGGCGCUACGUCAGCGACGAGGACAGGGAGCGUCUGAGCCACUGCUCCGAGGACGGAGAGUUCUGGAUGUCCUUCAGCGACUUCCUGCGUCACUAUUCCCGUCUGGAGAUCUGCAACCUGACGCCCGACGCCCUGACCGACGACAGCGUCUCCAAGUGGGCUCUGUCCAAGUUCGACAGCAGCUGGAGGAGAGGCUCCACCGCUGGAGGCUGCAGGAACUACCCCAACACAUUCUGGACCAACCCUCAGUUAGUGAUCCGUCUGGAGGAGGAGGACGAUGACCCGGAUGACGGCGAGGCGGGCUGCACCUUCGUGGUGGGACUGAUCCAGAAGAACCGCAGACGGAUGAGAAAGAUGGGCCAGGACAUGCACACGGUCGGCUUCGCCAUCUACGAGGUUCCUGAGGAGUUCUCCGGUCAGAGGAACGUACACCUGAACCGGAACUUCUUCCUGCGCCACUCCUCGGCCGCUCGGUCUGAGACCUUCAUCAACCUGCGGGAGGUCUGCAGCCGCCUGACGCUGCCUCCUGGAGAGUACCUGCUGGUCCCGUCCACCUUCGAGCCCCACAAGGACGGAGACUUCUGCGUCCGAGUGUUCACCGAGAAGCAGGCUGACUUCCAAGAGCUGGACGACCCCAUCGAGUCCCGAGUAGAGAAGAUAGAGAUCGAUGAGGACGACGUGGACGACCGGUUCAGAGGUCUGUUUGGACAGCUGGCAGGAGGGGACUGUGAGAUCAGCGCCUUUGAGCUGAAGAAGAUCCUCAACAAGGUGGUGACCAAACGAUCCGACAUCCAGACCAGUGGCUUCAGCAUCUCCACCUGCCGUCACAUGGUCAACCUGCUGGACAGAGACGGCAGCGGGAAGCUGGGCCUGGUGGAGUUCAAGGUGCUGUGGAUCAAAAUCGAGAACUACUUGAAAAUCUACCGGAACAAAGACGUGGAUAAUUCUGGGACGAUGAGCUCCACAGAGAUGAGGAUUGCUGUGGAGGAAGCUGGUUUCAGCCUCAACAAUGCCCUCCAUCAGGUCAUUGUGGCUCGCUACAGCGAAUCAGAUCUCACCAUCGACUUUGACAACUUCGUGUCCAGCCUGGUCCGUCUGGAGACCAUGUUCAACAUGUUCAAAACGUUGGACAAGAACAACUCAGGAACCGUGGAACUCAACAUCCUGCAGUGGCUCAACGUGUCGCUGCUCUAAGGAACAUAGUCCUGGUUCUGAUCCUGGUUCCAGUCCUGGUCCUGGUUCUGGCGAUGACUGCAGCUGGUUUCUCUUUAGCCCUGCCCCCCUGCUCUGAUUGGUCCUUCUGUCUACUCACUGAUUCAUAGAAUAAAGAGAACAAAGAA